GAGUUAUUUUUUUUAACAAUAAUAGAUUUUUUUAAACGGUUUUUAAAUAUCUUUACAGCUAAUUUAUUACCUUUAUAUUAUUUUAUUAUCAGAGAGUAAUAUAUAAUAUUGUAUAUAUAUUUUUAGAUAUAUCUUAACUUAUUAUUUAACAAAAAUGGAACCAUUAGAUCCCUACGAUAAUCCCAUAAAAUGUAUAUUUGUUUGCCAUUUCCAUCACACCGCUGGACCAAAGAUUUUGUGUCAGGUUCCAAAGGAUUUUUUGAGCAAGGAUACGUUUGAGACAGUUAGUGUAUAUAUGAUACCAAAAGGUCAACUUCAAAAAUUUAUAAUUACAAUAACAACAAGGGACAACAAAAUUUUGGGUUAUCCAAUACAAAUUAAUGAUCAAAAAUAUCUUCGUAAUGCAUACUAUUUUAAUUUGUGUUUUGUUUGCGAUCAUAAUUCUCAUACAUUACAUUAUGAACCCAUUGUAAAAAAAUUAUCUACGUUUUUGUUAAACUUAGAAAUAGAAGAUAAUUUUCUUUCUAAAAGUGAUCAAUCAGAAAAGUCUCAAGAAGAAUUAUUGCGUCUGAUGAGUCAAGUAAUGGAAGAUUUGAACUUGUACAAAAGAUGUACAUUAAUAGCACGGCAGUCAAUUAUCUAUUUAAAUGUUAUUGAAGUUUCACGUAAUCCACCUACUCCAUUGGAUUUCGAUGUUCCAUUAUUAGUAUCUGAAAUAGAUUUUUUAGAUGAAAAGUGGGAUUUAACAACCAGACAAGUUGCCCCAUUUAUUGAUGGAGUAAACCAUGUAUCUAAAAUUUCUAAACUUUCUAAAUUGGAUAUUGAAGUGGUUGCUGCUUGUAUUCAAAAUCUAGUUUAUUGUAAUGCCGUUUCAUUAGUAGACUUAUUCCGUUAUAGUAACAUGUACGUAUGUACUACUAAAAUUGGACAACUUGCAAGGAAUAAAAGUCGCUAUGAUGAAGCAAUUAGUGCUAUAUCACGACCAGGUGGACCAAAAGCAACAUUUAAGGACAUAUUCACUAUGUUUUCUGCAAUGAGGCAAGGAUCACGAUUUAUUGAUGUCUGUUUAAGGUUUAAUCCAGUUUCAAUAAAUAUUGAUGAAAGAAAUUUAGUACUCUAUGGUCUUGCUAACGGCUACAUUCGCCAGUUGAGAAAGUAUCCUGUGGUAUUAAAAGAAAAAGAUGUAGAUAAAACAUUUAUGGGGAACUACUACAAUGGCCUAAAUUCGCUCAAUAUAAUUAGCUGUUUUACAAAUUCAGAUGUAUAUCAAUUGGAUGAAGAAAUUGAAAGGGAUAUAAGAAUAGUAUCAGUUUGGAAAUAGCUAGAAACUGUUGUUAUGUUGAAUAAAAAAAUAUUCAAUAAUGUAAAUUGUAAUUUAACAAAAAGUAAUUUUUAUGGUAAAUGGAAUUAAAUGUAAAUAAAAAUAAAAAAAAUUAAUUU